AUGUUUCCGACUUUUGCUCGAAAUAGUCGACGAUACUUGUCAAAACUACCAGACAAGUUAUCCACGCUAGCGAAAUUUAAUUUCCCAUUGGCUACCAAUACGAUAAAAGCUGUUACUGAAAACAUUGAUGAAUUUAUAAACAAGAAGCAAAAGGUGACUUUAAAUGGACAUAUACACAAAAAGUCAAGAAUACGGCCAACAUUGAGUUUUGGAUUUUUGCGUGAUUGUGAUGGAGAAGAGGUUCAAUUCAUAGCUAAUGAUGCAACCGAGAGCAGAAUCAUUGACACCAUGAAAAGUCUCACCGUUGAAGAGUCUGUCAGUGUUACGGGAUAUGUGCAGGCAAAACAAUUGAAAGAAGGUGAAUCAAAAGGCUGGGAAUUGGUUCUAAAUGAUAUUCAGGUAUUGAAUCUGUCAAAUAUUGACGCUCCAAGACUCGAGAAGUUGAAACAAACUCGGCCUGAAGAUCUACCACCUCAAUUUAGAUACUUGCAACUACGCACUGCAUUCUAUCAAAACUCAUUACGAACGAGAAGUAGAAUCGCGCAACUAGUUCGUAAUGUUCUUACAGAUGAGCACAAUUUUGUCGAAAUUGAGACUCCCUUACUAUUCAAGUCGACACCAGAAGGGGCUCGUGAAUUUCUUGUCCCAACGAGAUCACCAAAACAAUUUUACGCCUUACCUCAAUCUCCUCAACAGUACAAGCAGAUUCUAAUGAGUUCUGGAUUCACAAGGUAUUUUCAAAUUGCCAAGUGCUUCAGGGAUGAGGACUUGAGGUCUGACAGGCAACCAGAGUUUACCCAAGUAGAUUUGGAAAUGAGCUAUGUUAAUAGUUCAGAUCAGGUGAUGCAAGUUGUGGAAGAUAUAGUGUUAGAAGUGUGGGAAAAAAUAAAGCAAAUUAAUAUGUACACUGUGAAUGAAGAUGGUGAAUUGGUUAAAGUCGAAGAUGCAGCCAAGAGAGUUCGGUUGUCAAAAUUGGAUUAUUUGACAGCUUUGCAGAAAUACGGUAUUGACAAACCAGAUUUGAGGUCCAACAUUUCAUUCAACAGUCUUGAAAAGUUUUUCACGGCAGUUGAAGAUCUAGCAUUUCCCAUCGUUGAAGCAUGUGUCUUGAAGGGUGCAUUUGACCCCAAAUCAAAAGCCUCAAAACCACCAAAAGCAUUCACCAGUGAAUUAAAUUACUCGAGGAGAAGACCUUUUGUAUUUAUGAUCAGGUCGGAAGAAGAUGCAGAGAACUGGUAUGAGUUACUUUUGCAAAAACAUUUCAUGAAACUGAAUAAUGGAGCUGACUUGCAAAGGAUGCAUCAAUUAUUGAAUCUAUUGCCAGGUGAUAUUUUAGCUGUUUCAAGUAGGUCUGAACUUCCUUAUGAAAAUCCAACACCCUUGGGUAAAUUUAGACAAUUGGCAAUAACAGAAUUCCCUGGUAAGUGGCAACGCCCGAUUCGGAGCGCAAAUGGGCUAAUUGAAAUUUACAAUGGUGAUAAAACUAUUGUUGGCUCAUGGGUCGUCGAUUUCCCCUUAUUCAACCCAGUUGAAACUUCUGACAACAUCAAUGAUCCAUAUCCCAAGUACGAUAAAAACAAAUUUGAAUCGACACACCAUCCAUUCACAAUGUGCAAAUCUGAAGAUUACGAUUUAUUAGAAACAGACCCCUUGAAAGUUAGAGGCGAACAUUACGAUUUAGUGAUUAAUGGAGUUGAGGUUGGCGGUGGAUCAAGAAGAAUUCAUGACGCUACAUUACAACAAUACAUUUUCGAGGAGAUUUUACACGUAAACAAUUAUGAACAAUUGUUUGGUCAUUUGUUAAAGGCUUUGAGUAUGGGUUGUCCGCCUCACGCUGGUUUGGCAUUAGGAUUUGAUAGGCUAUGUGCCAUGGUCGUGGGUACCUCAAGCAUAAAAGAUGUAAUUGCAUUUCCAAAAAACCAAUCGGGAUCUGACCGCGUUGUUGAGAGUCCUACUGCCGUUGAUGAAAAAACAUUGAAUGAGUAUUUUAUCACUACAAAAACAGACCUGUAA